AUGUCUGACAACAUCACCAUGUCCGACGUCUCGGCCGACGUCUUCGAGACGCGCCAAGAGGCCCUGGACUUUGUCAACGGGUAUUAUGUCGACCCCAAGAACCCAUGGUUCAGCCCCAAGGAGCGCGCAGAGGUGUACAAGCGCGCGGGUAAGCUGUUCAAGGACGGGACCGGGGGCCACGUCACGACGACCACCAUCACGGGCCACGUCAUCCUGAUCCCGAUCGUGCGCCUCAAUGAUAGCCCGUUUUGGAGCCACGUCGCGCCCGAGGCGUACCGCGACGGCAAGUUUGCGCUCCACUGGGAGGAGCUGGGCGAGGAGGACCUCAGGGAGCUUUUGAAAGUCAGGAGCAAGUUCCGCCCCUCGCUGGUCUACGUCACAAGCGACCAGGUGGUCAAGAGGAUCCAGGAUCGGCCCGAGGGACCCAUCCGCAAGGACGACGUGGUCUUCAGCCCCAUCGAGUCCGUGCGCUGGGGCUACGACCCCCCGGUCAACUACCCGGGGUGCGUGACGGCCAAGAAGAUGAGCGAGCGGCUGGCGCAAGGCCUGGAGAACUGGGAAAGGACGGAGCAGGGCCGGGGGUUCAACCGGCAGGUGCAGGCGGUCAAGGACGACCGCGGCAAGAACAACGGGUUCGAGUUCAAGCGCGUGGUGGGCAUCGCGCUGGGGACCAUGACGGAGCCGUGCUCCGUGUACCAGCACUGCAUGGUGAUCAGCCUGGCGCGGCAGCUCGGCAUCAGGGAGGUCUGGCUGCAGGACCCGGCCUACAGCACGGCGGACAAGAAGGCGCUGCACGAGCACGGCGCCAAGAUCGCCAACGACGACCGCGUCUUUGGCCACAUUUACAGCGACUCCAUCGUCGUCUGCAUCGCGCCCGCCAUCCCGGCGCUCGAGCUGAUGCAGGCCAGGGUCGCCGCCUUCAAGGAGUGGCCCGCCAUGCUGGUCUGGGACCGCGUCGGCUGGCACGAGUGGUAUCCCGACCGCUGCACCACCCGCGUCUACGACAUGAUGGACAAGUAUGAGAUCCUCGACCUCGAGUCGCCUCUGGACCGUGACGAGUUCCUCGAGACCACUGUCUAUGUCAGGCGCCGCGAGCAAGAGUUUUCUGGCAUGCCGAGGGGUUAG